AACGAUACCUUUCCGACGCCGUGUGUGUGAGAGAGGGAGAAAGGUAAAAGAUGAGUAGUAGCCGGAGCGGUGGCGUUGGCGGUGCCGGUGGCGGCAAAAUAAACUCCGUGUUCUACGCCGAUACAUAUCACCCGAUUCAGUCCGGUAGCAUCGACGGGACCGACACUCUUCCUCACGACAACGGCGUUUACAGAGCCCUCCUUUGUUCACAAGCUGGCCUUUACGAUGCCUUCGGCGAUCCCAAGGUUGCUGGAGAUCCAUAUUGUAUCGUCUUCGUCGGUCACCUCUCUCACCUCACCAAUGAGGAGACAAUUCACAAGGUUAUGAGCAAAUACGGCAAGGUUAAGAGCUUGCGGUUGGUUCGACAUAUUGUUACUGGUGCUUCACGUGGAUAUGCCUUUGUUGAAUUUGAAACUGAAAGAGAGAUGCGACGCGCUUACGAGGAAGCCCACCACACAGUAAUCGAUGAUUCUGAAAUUACAGUAGAUUACAACAGACAGCAGUUGAUGUCAGGCUGGAUUCCGAGAAGGUUAGGAGGGGGGCUCGGUGGUAGGAAAGAAUCAGGGCAACUUCGUUUUGGAGGACGAGAAAGACCAUUUCGAGCACCACUGCGGCCGAUUCCCGUGGAGGAAUUGAAAAGACUUGGCAUCUCACCUCCUCCAGAAGGAAGAUACAUGUCACGUUUUCAGGUUCCGUCACCUCCGAGAAGAAAAAGGGUUGUUGUGGAUGAACAUAAACAACACUCAUCAAGCAGAUACGAUAAUGAAGAAAAGACUUAUCAACGUUCUCAUGAUGAAAAAGAACAAACCGGGGACAGGAAACACAAGCACUAUAAACGUUCUCAUGAUGAAACAACAUCGAGGAGAAGUAGGAGCAGGAGUAAGAGGAGAUCCAUUAGUCAAAGCCGACACUCUUCUAGUGACUAUUAGGCAUCAUCGUCCAUCAAUCCAAUCUUACACUCUUCCAGUGAUCUCAUGAUUUUAUUCCUUAGAACAUUGAUAUAGUGGUAGCAUGCCAAUUUGGCAGGGCAACAGUUUAAACAAGUCUUUAUUAUAUUAACCCUUUUGAAUUGAAUAUUUCAUGUUUAAAUGUCAAAAAUAUUAA